AUGACUGCACCACCGACGCCUCAACUCAACGACCAUGUCACCAUGCAAGGUAUGGAUGUUGAAAAUAACUUGCAUGUUUGUAUAUAUAUGCAUGAUGAUCAAUAUUUGUCAUCUAUCCAAAUAUGCCCACCCCAUUUAUUCCAGGAGAGGGGGAUGGGGGUAGAAAAGACAGAAAAAUUCUCAACCGUAUCUGCCAGGCAACCUUGCAUCAUGCUAAAUUAUUUCUGUCUGGACACACAGACAUACCAUACCGCUUGGAUUAUAACUGGUUAAUUGUUACUUUAUAUGCAGUCCAGAAACUGGUGCAUCCUUGAGCCUUGUUACAAGGGCAACAAGGCUAAAUGCGUUAUAAAUAUAACCACAAAUUGUCAGUUUUCAGUUAGUACAACCAAUAAAUAAAUAUAAUACUGUCUACUGAUUAUCGAAGAUUUUACCACCAAGUCCACCAUAAUGAUUAAUAAACAUUAAAAUCGAUAAUUCAUCAUUUCCUGGCCAUUUAUCAUUCACGUCCAGUGGCAGUGUCGCAGUGAGACCAGUCGUUACCAAUUUCAAGUUUUUAUUGGGUUUUUAUAUAUAGGCAAGGCUUCUCUGUGUAACCAAAAACGUAAAAUUUAAUAUAUAUCAAUGUCUAACGUCUUUAUAGCUCGGAAGUUCGUGCUUUUCGCAUCUUCAUGCAAUAGCCGCCGCCAUCUUGAAUUCUCUGCGCAUUAAUUAAUUAUAAUAUAUUGUAAUUUACUCUAGAUCCAGAUAAUAUAUUUUACUCUGUUUUGGGAGUUGAAAUGACUCCUGGAGUAAAAUUAAGGAGUAAAAAUUACUCCAAGCGAGUUUAAUUUACUCCUCCAGUGGAGUUAAAUUGACUCCCGAAGGAGUAAAUUGUGGAAUGCGCGCCGAAGUGGAGUAGUUUUAACUCUAUUUUGGGAGUAGAUUUUACUCCACAAUUUUUACUUUCCCGAGUUGAGUAGUUUUACUCCCAUGGUGGAGUUAAAAUAACUCCUUGAAAUUAACAGUGUAUAUAAUUGAGCAAAAUGUUUCUCAUAAUGUUAAAAGGUGGUUUAAUUAAAAUACACAUCCGCGAGCUUGCCGUUUCCGUCUUUUAAUAGCAUUAGCUUAUAGACUUAGUGUUAUUAUUAUUCUGGUCGAAUAACUAAGAGUCGUUUUGUUACAAAUACAAUUGUAUGAAACCAAACAUAAAACACUUUCAAUGUACAGUAAUAUUGAUCUUAAUAAUAUACCUGCAUGGCUCACCAGUUUAGCUAAAGAGGGAAUUUUGCCUAUGCGCCGAAUAAAAACACUUGAAAGCGGCAGUAGAUCAGCAACUAACUCAACUGUGUCUGUGGUCGCUAAAUCCACACAAUAUAUUAGCAGCUAGCGAGUUCAUGUUCAUACGAGGUUCAACAACUUGACAAGUUCACAAUUUACUUGUGAAUAAAUUUUGCCCUCUAUGAUUAACAAAUAAUCGCAUCUCGUAAAAUUAAGGUUUACCUAUACAAACCUUUAUCUCUCUUUAGAUCCUUGUACUGAACGCAUUUACAGGGAUCGUAAUUGGAAUAUCGUUGGCUCUUGUCAUUUUGAUUCUUACAAGUACAAACGUCAUCGUCGGUCUCUUGGCAACAUUUGUGAUCGCGUUGAUCACGUGUACAGUACUUGGAAUCAUAAGUAUGAUUGGUUGGAAACUUGGACCGUUGGAGUCCUUGAAUCUUACUUUAAUUGUGGGUUUAGCAGUUGACUAUGUUGUCCAUCUGGCGGAGGGUUAUAUUCAGUCACCACACAACAGAAGAGCAGACAAAGUACGUUAUGCAUUAUCACAUGUUGGUGUUUCUGUCUUAUCCGGUGCGUGUUCAACUUUGGGUGCAUCAAUAUUUAUGUUUGCCGCCAGGAUCUUGUUCUUUGUUCAAUUUGGGAUAUUUAUAUUCGCAACAAUUGGAUUUUCAAUUUUAUAUUCCUUAUUUAUUUUUUGCACUGUGAUGGCGUUAAUAGGACCUGAAGGUCAAACGGGAUCCAUACUACCUCUAGGAAGAAAAAUAAGAGGGGUUUUCCGAGGUCAAACUAAAGAACACAUAGAUUGCGAGUUUUGCGACGGCAAGGGAUAUUAUGAGAAAGGAAAGUUCGGCGAUGUCUCUUUAAAAGAAACCAACCACAUUUGA